UCUCUUCCAAUUCCCCACCCCACCCCGAACAGAACGGAACGGAACGGAACCCCAGCAAGCAGAGGCGAGGCCGCCCAACCAAUCCAUCUCGAUCCAUCUGGUCCUUGGGGGCGGCCAUGUCGUCCUCCUCCGCCGCCGCCGCCGAUCCGGCGCCGCUGCGCUUCUACUGCCACCAGUGCGACCGCACCGUCUUCAUCGCCCCUCCCGCAUCCCCUGACGCCGACGUCCUCUGCCCUCUCUGCGCUGGAGGAUUCGUCGAGGAGCUCCCUCCCACCGACCCUACCCCAGCCCCAGCGCCGGCCCCGGCGCCGCCCCAUCCCUUCCUCUUCGCCUCGCCCUCCUUCGAUCUCCGCCACCCCAGCGACCUCUCCGCCUUCUUCGGCCCGCCCUCCCCCAGCACCGCCUCUCCCGGCUUCGACCCCUCCAACUUCCUCCACGACCACUUCGGCGGCCUCCUCUCAAGCGGCGCCACCAUCCAGAUCGUUGUCGAGGGGGGGGCGCCCACCCUCGCCCCAGGGGUCAGCCUCGCUGACUACUUCAUGGGCUCGUCCGGCCUCGAGCAGCUCAUCCAGCAGCUCGCCGAGAACGACCCCAACCGCUACGGCACCCCGCCCGCCGCCAAGUCCGCCGUCGCAGCACUCCCCGACGUCCAAGUCUCCGCGGACAUGAUGCAGGCCGACGGAGGGGCUCAGUGCGCCGUCUGCAUGGACGACUUCCCACUAGGCGCCGCCGCCAAGCAGCUCCCCUGCAAGCACGUCUUCCACAAGGACUGCAUCCUCCCCUGGCUGGACCUCCACAGCUCUUGCCCUGUCUGCCGCUUCGAGCUGCCCACAGACGACCCCGACUACCAGCACCAGCACCAGCACGCUUCUCCCGCUCCUGCUCCCGCUCCCGCUCCCGCUCCCGCUCCUGCCUCUCCCAGGGUGGCCGAGAGAAGGUUCAGGAUAUCGUUGCCUUGGCCUCUCAGGGCCGCCUUCGGUGGUGCCCAGGCGGAGAGCAGCAAUCCAACCACUCAAACUCAGGAAGAUAGGAGGAGCGAAGAUGCGCCUUCUGGUGGCAACAACAACAACAAUUCAGGUGGUGGUCCUCAAAGUGGAUACGAUGAUCUGGACUGAGGUCUUCACAGCCUUCUCAUAAAGACGGGCGCAGGGGAAUGAGGAGGGCAAGAUAGGAGGCGAGAAGAGGAGGUUUGCGAUGCAACAAAAAUUGGCGCCGUAGCUUGUUCAUCUGAAUGAAGAGAUUGCUUGUUUUCUCAUACGGUACUUGGAUGUAAACAAAAAGAGAGGAAAAAUGUAUGUACUCAUUUGCUGCAUUGGUGGUUGUAGAGAUUUUUUUGGGGAGGGGCUUGCCUCAUUUUCCAUGGUAGGAGGCUGAAAAACAGUUGCGUUACAUUCUGUUUGAUUUACAGGCUUGACUAUAAUAGUGUGUACUACGUCGGAGC